AUGGCCUCCACGCUCGCCGUCCUCAGGCCCUCUGCGCCGGCCCCGCUCGCGGGGCGCCGGGCCCGGGCUGCCGCGCCGGCGACCGCGAGGGUGGCGCUGUCGUCCAGAUCUAGGUAUUCGUCGGCCAGGGUGUCCCUUGGCUCCGAGGUUGCAGUGGGCGCCGACGCGCUCUUCGCCGACUAUAAGCCCACCACCACUUUCCUCUUCCCGGGCCAGGGUGCCCAAACCGUUGGAAUGGGGGCAGAAGCUCAGAGUGUUCCAGCAGCUACCAAAUUGUUCAACCAGGCAAAUGAAAUCCUGGGAUAUGAUUUGCUGGAUCUUUGCACCAAUGGGCCAAAAGAAAAGCUUGACUCAACAGUGAUCAGUCAGCCGGCUAUAUAUGUUACCAGCCUUGCAGCAGUAGAGGUACUACGUGCACGCGAUGGGGGCCAAGAUGUGAUUAACUCUGUAGAUGUUACAUGUGGUCUCAGUUUGGGAGAAUAUACUGCUCUUGCAUUUGCUGGUGCUUUUAGCUUUGAGGACGGACUGAAGCUUGUCAAGCUAAGAGGAGAAGCUAUGCAGGAUGCUUCAGAUGCUGCCAAUAGUGCGAUGGUUAGUGUGAUUGGUCUGGAUUCAGAAAAGGUGCAAGAACUAUGUGAUGCUGCUAAUGAGGAAGUAGAUGAAAAUGAAAGAGUUCAGAUAGCAAACUUUCUGUGCCCUGGGAAUUAUGCAGUUUCUGGUGGUGUAAAAGGUAUUGAAGUAGUUGAAGCCAAAGCAAAGUCCUUCAAGGCCAGAAUGACGGUUCGGCUAGCUGUUGCUGGUGCUUUCCAUACAAGCUUCAUGCAACCAGCUGUUUCAAGGUUGGAAUCUGCGUUGGCUGCCACUGAGAUUAGAACACCUAGAAUCCCGGUCAUCUCCAAUGUUGAUGCGCAGCCCCACUCAGAUCCUGACACCAUCAAGCAGAUUUUAGCGCAGCAGGUAACCUCUCCAGUGCAAUGGGAAACGACUGUUAAGACUCUUAUGGGCAAGGGGCUUGAGAAAAGUUAUGAACUCGGACCAGGAAAGGUUAUAGCAGGUAUUCUCAAGAGAAUCAACAAAGGCGCUAGCAUUGAGAACAUCGGGGCUUGA